CUUGAAUAAAAUUGUUGAUAACCCUCUUAUCUCUUUUAAUUAAUUUAUAUUUUCUUGAUCCUCUCAAGCAUUAUUCAAAAUCACCAAAAAAAAUUGGAGUUGUAGAAAAAGUUCACUAAGGCCUAUGACUUCUUGCAAUAAUGAAAUGGAUUUUUUCCCUACCAAUUUCAUGCUACAUACUCCUCAUGAAGAUAGCCAUCAAGACUUCCAUGGUGUUACUUCAUUUCUUGGGAAAAAAUCCAUGUCAUUUUCCAAUAAAUGUGAUGAUCAAAAUCAUGGAGAUCAAGAAGAUGUUUUGUCUGAUGAUGGGACACAUUAUGAGACUACAUUAGGGGAAAAGAAGAUUAGAAGGCUUAACAUGGAACAAGUGAAGACACUUGAGAAGAAUUUUGAGUUAGGGAACAAACUUGAGGCUGAGAGGAAAAUACAACUAGCAAGAGCUCUAGGCCUACAACCAAGGCAAGUUGCCAUUUGGUUCCAAAAUAGGAGGGCAAGAUGGAAAACAAAGCAAUUGGAGAAGGAUUAUGAUGUUCUCAAGAGGGAGUUUGAUGCUAUCAAGGCACAAAAUGAGGCUCUCCUAGCUCAUAACCACAAGCUUCAUGUAGAGAUUAUGACACUGAAAAAUGGAAAGGGGCCAACAGAAUCAAUCAAUUUGAACAAGGAGACAGAUCAAGGUUCAAUUUGUAGUACUAGAAGUGAAAAUAGCUCUGAAAUUAUCAAGCUGCAAUGCAAUAAUAUGAAAUUAAUGGACCAAACUGUCAAAGAAGAAACUUUAUCCAACAUCUUCUCUGGAAUUGAUGACAAUUCUGCUGGAUUCUGGCCAUGGCUUGAUCAACAACCACAUUUCAAUUAAAAAUUUCAAAAAAUAAAAAUUUAUAAAAGGAUUUAUAGCUUGAUACAUUUGGUUAAAAUUUGUCCGAGAUGAAUUCAGGAUUUUAAUCAUAUGAUG